GCGCAGACAUUGAAGAUUCACAUGAGGAAACAUUCGGGUGACCGUCCGUACGUCUGUCAUCACUGUGGACUUCAGUUUUAUUCCUCAUCAAAUCUUUUAAGUCAUAGGAACAGUGCUCACAGUGAUUUCCGUGAAUUUCACAAAUGUGAUAUAUGUGAUGCGAGACUAAGCACUUUGGGUAAUUUAAGGGUACACAAAAAAAUAGUCCAUGCUGUUGAAAGACCAUUUACUUGUGAAAUAUGCGGUAAAUCUUUUAAAACACAGAAAUCCCUAGAGCAAGUUCAUGCCAAGGUUCAUUCAGAGGAUUUCCCGUAUAAAUGUGAAUUUACAGAAUGUGGGAAAAUGUUUAAACGUUCAGAAGGUUUAGCGGAUCAUAUGAGGAGACAUAAUAAUGAUAGAAACCAUUUCUGUGAAAAAUGUGGCAAAGGAUUUUAUUCCAAUAAAGAGUUAACGUUGCAUACAAGAACACACACAGGAGAAAAACCUUAUAUGUGUCAGUUAUGUGAUUAUAAAUGUGCACUUGCAGGAAACCUUCGUAAACACAUGAAAACCCAUUCUCAAUCUAAAUCAGCAUUAAGACAGGAAACAACAAUUUACUAUCAGCAGACAACAAAUGGUUUACUCUUUUAAAAAAAACAACAACAACAUCCCACUUUCUAGUCAGUAGAUCACAAAUGUUUGGUUGAUGCAUUACAAC